CCCAACAACCUCUGCAAUGGCUGCGGUGAGAGUCCUCCGCGAAAUCCAAAUCUCUCCGUCUCUUCCAUUGCAGCCUCCUCAGCCGCUCACAUUCCUCGACAUUAUGUGGCUCCAAAACUCACAGAUGGUAGAGAGGCUCUUCUUCUACCACUUUCCUCAACCCAUCUCCCACUUCAUAGAUAGCAAACUGCCAGUCUUCACUGAAUCCCUCUCCCUCACCCUCCGCCACUACUAUCUUUUAGCCGGAUCCAUCCGCCCCUCUCCUGAUUCCGUCGAACAAUUCGAGAUCGUCUACACCGAAGGAGAUUCAGUCAACAUCACCCUUUCCGAAUUCACUGGCGACGACUUCCGCAACAUAUCCGGCCACCAUCCACGAAGCCUCAAAAACCUCCGUCUUCUGGUCCCCAAACCAGCCAAGUCGUCGACAUCAGGUGGCCAAUUUCCGCCCAUCUCGAUUCAAAUCACGCUUUUCCCGAAUCAAGGUCUCUGCAUAGGCUUUGCAAUAAACCACGCUGUGUGCGACGCAGCCGGAUCAAUGCGAUUCAUCCGUUCGUGUGCCGCCGCCUGCCGCUCUGCUGCUGAACCCAACCUCGAUGACAUCUACCCUCCAUUCCUCGAUCGAUCCAUUAUUAUCGAUACCCGCGGGAUACGUCGUAAAUUAUUCGAGAACAUGCGUCAGUUCAAAGAGUGCUGCGAAGAGCAUUUGAAGAAGGAGGAUACCAUGGCACUUUCCGAUCUCGGUUAUGUCUCUGCUACGUUUACUCUGGGUGAAGAUCAGAUUUUGCGGCUGAAGGAGCGCGUGCAAGCGAAGGCAAUGGAACAGGGGACAAAGCCACCAUCGUUUCACAUGUCUGCUUUUGUUGUAACCUGCGCUUUUGUAUGGAAAUGCCUCGUGAAAGCUCGGGGAUACGACGGAGUCAUCAGCCAGCGUUUCGGAAGCCCUGUGGAUUGGAGAUCGAGGAUGAGGCCGCCCAUCCCAAGCAAUUACUUUGGGAACUGCUUGGGGUUUUUCAUGGCGGAGUUGAAUUUUGGAGAUAUGGUGGGAAAGAAUGGGAUGGAGUUGGCGGCCAUUGAGAUUAGGAAGAGCAUAGAUUGGUUGCAGGGGAGAGAUAUUGGUGAGGUAUUAAUUGUAGCGACAGAUAGGUCUGGGGAAGUGAAGAAGAGCAGGCCUUUGUCGGUUGCUGGAUCGCCGAAGCUGAGGGUUUACGAGGUUGAUUUUGGGUGGGGGAGGCCGGUGAAGGUGGAGAUUACAUCUACUGUUGAGACGGGAGCCAUAUCGCUGGCUGAGAGCAGGGAGGAGGAAGGAGGAUUGGAGGUUGGUUUGGUGCUCUCUGAAGAGGAAAUGAGCAAGUUUGGGACCAACUUUUCAUCUGGUUUGACAGAGUAAUCUCCAUUCUUCCUCCAUAAAAUCAUUAAGGUAUGAAUUUGUUCGACAGUGCCGAUCUCAAAGAAAGAAAUAUUAUAUGGUGAUUAAGUUCGUGCGAAUUGACGGGAAUUUGAUAUAUUUUAGGGCAUAUUGAGGAUGUAUUCAUCGAAGUGCAUUCUUAAUAUAUCCUAUAAUACACUUAAUUCACAUAUAUGUGGGGGAUAAUCACAUACAGAGCACAAGCACAAGAAACAUUACUAUUUACGUCGGCAUGUAAUAUAAAUGACUUGCGGAAAGGUGGUAAUCCAA